AUACAUGCACAUAUUCUUCGAAAGUCGAAACGGCGUCGUUUCAUGGGCAAGGCACCCCCUCCCCCUAUCUGAUGCCCUAGUCUUUUGCGGAUCACCCAGCCCUCAACGUCUUUCUUCUCUGGAAUUCUGGAGUCUCUUUCUCGUCGCUCUCUCCCUCAACCUCAAGCUCUCGGACUUCUCUCUCGGUCUCGAUCUCUGACUUCUCUCUGGGUCUCGCACUCACUGUCUCUCGGUCUCCGCCACCCUCGUCCCCGUCCAGCAAGAUCGUCAGAGGCAGAAUCGUCUCAGUCGCAGUCGCCGCCUCCAGCAAGAUAGUUCUUCGUCUUUGGCCGUUCUUCUUUCCGGGUUCAUGGCUGACCAAGGAUUGGAGAGUAGCCAACCAGUGGAUCUGACCAAGCACCCUUCUGGGAUUGUGCCUACCCUUCAAAAUAUUGUAUCAACGGUCAAUUUGGACUGUAAGUUGGACCUUAAAACGAUUGCACUUCAAGCUCGAAAUGCAGAGUACAAUCCCAAGCGUUUUGCUGCUGUGAUUAUGAGGAUCAGAGAACCAAAAACAACUGCCCUCAUUUUUGCUUCUGGCAAGAUGGUGUGUACUGGAGCGAAGAGUGAGCAACAGUCUAAAUUGGCCGCAAGGAAGUAUGCUCGAAUUAUCCAGAAGCUCGGUUUCCCGGCCAAAUUUAAGGAUUUCAAGAUUCAAAAUAUUGUUGGCUCUUGUGAUGUCAAGUUCCCCAUAAGACUUGAGGGUCUUGCAUAUUCCCAUGGUGCUUUCUCAAGUUAUGAACCAGAGCUGUUUCCGGGGCUAAUUUACCGUAUGAAGCAGCCUAAGAUAGUGUUGCUUAUAUUUGUCUCUGGGAAAAUUGUGCUAACAGGUGCCAAGGUGAGAGAUGAGACUUACACAGCAUUUGAGAACAUAUAUCCUGUGCUUACUGAGUUCAGGAAAAACCAACAAUGAUUUUUGUUUAAGGGAACGAUCAAAGUGCCACUAAAGGAAUGAAGUUCCAUGGAAUUGUAAAUAUUAAGACAAAAAGAAAAAGCCAAUGAGUUAUAACUCAAAUGGCAUAGUCUCCCCAUACUCAAUUAAGAGGUUGCGGAUUAGAGUCUCCUAUCUUUGGUAAAAAAAAGAAAAAAGAAAAAAAGGAAUAUCUGGAUUGAUAUUAGUUAAGACCCAGUUGUUUCUCUGCCUUGAAUGUUCUAGUAAAGUGAAGCACAUUGUUCUAUUCUAAUUAACGUUUCAAAACAAAAUAUUUUUGAAGAGGCAGAGAGGAGUGCGAGAAGAGUAAAAGAAAAGAAAAAUAUGGAGGAGCUGGAAGAGAAAAAGAAAUUUUAUGUAUGUAAAAUUGCAACCACAAAUUGUUGGACACAUUUGAUUUUCAUUUAUACAGGAUAAAAGGGCGUUUAAGUUUUUUGAACGC